GAGCCGCGUUGGCUGGCAUUCUAUUUGCUUAAUUGAAGCUUUUCUCUUGCAUUCCUCAUUCAGGGAUAGACAUCAAAAGUGGUUACCGCGCUUACCUUCCGCUGACUAAUCCAUCCAUAGCCGCGCGAAAAACUCCGACCUCCGAUUUUUUGAUGCCAGCGCCGGAUCUUGCUUGCUCGAUUCCUCUGGGCUGCGGUCGUUCACUUAUGAUUCUUCCUGACGUCGAAUAGCUGUCAUCUUUUUUUCUUUCCUCUAGAAUUAUUUCCUUCUGUUUCUGUAUUUCACAAUGUUUAGCCCGGCUUCGCGAUCUUUUCUUCGAAUAGCGCCCUCCGUCCCAAAACAUAUCCGACUCCCCCAAGCAAGACGAUUCAUAAGCACCGAGUCCACAUCCUCGUCGCGCAAGCCGUCAAGCUGGAAGGGCACAACGCUGAGAUGGGCCCUUGCCGCUGGCGUGGUUUAUUAUUAUAAUACGAGCACUGUAUUUGCGGAGGAACCUGGCUUUUCAUUCCAACCGCCUUCUUCUGCCUUUAAAGAAAAUGAAGAUGACGCUUCCCUACCAACCCUCGACUCCAUAACAUCGGCGAAGAGAGCGAAGGUCACAUCGAAACCCUCCCCGGCGCCCUCGACGGCAGAUACCCGGUCCCCCUCUUCCUCUUCCACAGUAACAUCCGACCUUGCCGCUACUGCAGAUAUAGAGAUUCCGUCGUCAGAACCGGAGCCCAGGCUCUUAACGCCAGGGGAGCUUGAAGAGGAAGCCAGUAACGAAGGCGCCUUCAACCCCGAGACCGGAGAGAUCAAUUGGGAUUGCCCCUGUCUAGGUGGCAUGGCGCACGGUCCGUGCGGAGAGGAAUUUAGAGCUGCGUUCAGUUGCUUCGUGUAUUCAACGGAAGAGCCCAAGGGGAUGGAUUGCAUUGAAAAAUUCGAGGGCAUGCAAAACUGCUUCCGCCAGCAUCCCGAGAUCUACCCCACCGAAACAGAAGAGGAAGAAGUCGACGCCCAAUUAGCUGAAGUAACAGCAGAAUCCCCCCGCCCCGACACGACACAAGAGCGAGAAAACCCCUCCAAACCGUCAGAAAGCCCCGCAGAAAGCCCUGCGGCCGCAGCAUCUUCAAAAGAGGAGAAGCCCAAGGCAGAAUCGAAGCCGUCAACAAGCUCAUAGUUAAUUUCUUUUCGGCGGAUGACACGAUAAAACCGGUUGGCUGAGGGAUGAAGAAAAGAACACAUAGAAAAAAACUAGGGAGGCAUGAGCCAAAAUACCCGAGAGUGUACUCGUCUUAUCUUCCUCGGCACUCAGCAUUCAAGCAAGGGGUGUUUGCUGUGUUUCAUUUAAAAAAUUUAUGCCAUAAUAUAUAUACAACUAAGCACGGCCAGCCGAUGUUACGCUCCCGUAUUUCCUUUUUCCUAUACACUAGAUUCCUCCUCGUUUCCUUUCCAUUUUCUAUCUCAUUUUCUCCCACUUACUUUACCUUCUUGGAACACUCCAAUGUAUGUAUGUCUGUCUACAACUGUACUUGUACUUGAACUUGCGCGUAUUUAUACUUGCUACCAUCAUCUGCCUGUCCGCUCUUCCAUACCUCAACCACCCAACAACUAAAUUCAUAAUCGAAGGAUAUUAUGCAUUUUUAAAAUGGUUCGUUCAUGGAAACCCUCAGCAGCCCGGCAGAGCAAGUGAAAUAGAGCCUACAAGGCACUUGGAAAAAAGGUGGUUGCUUGCUUGACUAGAGGAGAUAAUAAUAACCAAUACUUAGCUUUUCCUCCGUUCUUUACAUUCCUCCCUCCCUUCGCUUAUCCAAUCCCAUUACUCCUUCCGUCUCCUCUCUACUCAUGCAAAGACCUUCAAUUCUGAGAGUAUGAAAGAUACACCCACCCACACCUCCCGAAACUUUUCCAAUUACUUCAUCCUGUAUCCGAAAAUCCAAAGGUUGCAAGGGAUAUGAAAAUAAAACGAGGGCCCAACAAACCUAAACAUGAGAAUAGCAAAAAUAAGAAGAGGGCAGGAAAAUAAACCGUUAAGAAGGGGGAAGCCAAUAAGUACUAGAUAAGAUAUAAACCAACAUCAAGGGAACCAAAAAACCCCUCAUCAUAAUUAAAAUAGAAAACAAAAAAUAAGAGCACAACAGCAAAACCUAAGGAACAAGUAUCCAAACUAGAACAAAUCGAAUCCAAAGCAAAAAGCCAAAGCCAAAGCUAAACCAAGCCCAAUUCACUCCCCAGCUAAAAAAGAAAGAAAAGCACAGCGCGCGGAUAUAUGUAUAAGAGGGAACGAAGAGGAGAAAACCAGAACUACCGCAUGGCUAGAAAACCGGGGGGAGGAAGGGCAAAAGAAAGACAAGAAGGGAAAGGAAAAGAAAAAGAAACCCAGCUACAAAAAUAUCAAAAUCGUAACAUACCCAACGAAUGAGGGGUUUCAUGAAACAUAUAGAAGCAAAAAAAAGAAAAAAAUAGAUACCGGAGGAACAAGAAAAACAAGAAUGGAAGAAACCAGCCCAUCCCAACUCCUGAAUCACAGGUUCAAAAAAUCCAUGCUUCCAAAGAAAGCUCAGAAGUUCUCCCCUCUACUUCUCCGAAGGACGUUAUUCUUCUCCCUAAUUUUACCCCUUCGUUUAAACACUCCAACAAAACCUCCUUUUCCUCCGAGCUGUCCCUGACAGGAAACUUAAUCCAGCCAACAACCCCGAUCACGUAUCAUCCCCCGUCCAACGUCCAAACAAUAUCCAGAUCAGUUAGUAGUAAAAGAAAAUGGAAUAAAAUGAAAUAAAAAAACACACAAAGUUAAGAAUUUCACCUCCUCAGAAUCGCCUCAUACAAACUCCCCAACAUCCCAAUGGCGGACCCAGUCAACAAACCAGGUAGUCCACCAGGAACCGCACCGGGAACAGCCAUCACCGUCGUCCGACGGUACACGUUCCAAAAGGUGAAGAUGUUCGUGUACACCAGGUACGAAACCAACGCCUUGGAGACGUUAUAAACCAGUGGGUCCAGGUUAGCGGUUUCAGCAACCCUUGCAGCAACCGAGGUGGUGGUACGACGCGUGCCAUAAGCAUGGAUGCUGCUGCCGCCGCCUUGCUGAGAAAUCUUCAAGCUCAGGUUGAAGAAGUACGCGAGUAGGGACGGUAGGAAUAUACUCGUGGUAAGCCAGAGGGAGAAAGGGCCCCAGAAGGACGCGUCGAGCAGGAUGAAGAGGUCGGGGACCUUGAUGGCGUAGUUCGGGGUCCCGACAGAGGGUACGGCAGGGAACGUGGCUAGGUAGCGCAUAGGAACGAUGUCGGCGAGAAGACCGUACAGCUCGAUCGCAAGGGUGAUGGUCUCGAUGGCGCGGACGCUGCUGAGGCAAGAGCGUAGCGCGUCGGAGCGCUCGGUUAUGCCGGACGCGUCCCAGGCUUCAGACAUGGACUGGCGGGCUUUGGUGGUUUGGCGAUCGAUCGCGUCUGUGAUGACAGCGGGGGAUGGGGGGAGGGAAGAGAAGGGCAGUGAGCGACGCGCGGGGGUGCGAGACGCGGGGGUGGACUCUUUGCUAGCGCUGCUGUCGGAUUCAUCUCUAGAUUUUGUUGUUAAUACUUCUUUUUUAUCGUCGUGCGUUUUGCGCAAGAGGGAAUAAGAGAAAACGCGUGAUGGCAAGUGAGGAAAAAAGAGAGAGAGGAGGGAGAAUAAGAGGGAACGAACGUGGCUUCGACUUCCUGCUUUGGUUUUACUUGUCGCCUCGACCGGAUAGGUCUCCUGGUAUCAUCACUAGACAUUGCAGGCUCAGGCUUGGGUUCCCUCUUGACGGGAGAUGAGCGCGAUGUGUGCGACAGACGCUUGUAGUAGUCUGCCAGCCUCUGUUCGCCGGAAAGCAAGGCACGAUUCGCGGCGAGAUGUUCGUCGAGCGCAGCCUCGAGCUCGGUCUUCUUGUAGUCCUCAAAACUAGAUUGUCUGAUUAGAAAAUGUGCGCGACACGGUAUACCAUUGUUUUCAAAAAGCAUAUAUCGAACAAAAGAAACGGGACAUACUCCUGGAGAUUCGAGACUUCAGCGAGAACGACGAGGUCACUCUUGCGCAGACCGCGCAGGUAGGGUAAAGCAGGCGACAUGGCUGGGUGGGGAAGGGACAAUAUAAGGGUAGAAUGUGAGUCGCGUAGAGUAUGCGAUUGUAUUUAUUGAAGCGUGAAGAGCUGUAACUGGGUAUGCAAUGCAGGCGGUAAGGGGAGGAUGACGCGGGUGGAGGAUCAAGGGGGAUGGAUGAGAUACGUCGCGGGGAGUCGAGGUUGGACGGAUGAUGUUGUUUACUCGGCGCCACUAGCGUGUUUUCAUCACGGCUUCCUUUCCCCAAGCUUGAGCCACGCCGGGAAAGGGGACGGUGUCAACAAUGGCAUUAGCUUAUUGUUUGUUAUUUGAUUCAUUGUUAUAGUUAUGCUAUUAUAGGACUACUCGUAGAGUUAUAUGGAGCAUUCUUCCAUGUCUCUCAAUUAAUAAAAAGAAU